UGAAUGGGAUAUGCGGAUAUGUAUUCCAGUAAAGCAGAGUAGGGUGGGACAUGCCAUCGUACGAAAACGCCAAUUCGCGUCUAGUUUGCUAUUUCGUGUUCGUCUAUCUGUGUUUUUUUCAUGUCUCCCUGGUUUUAACGUAGCUGACACUGUUCGUCCAAUGAUAUUAGUCCACAUGCCGCGCAGGGAAGAGGGGCAGCAGUGAGGCACUUUGAUAAAACCAGAUUGUCAGCACUGUGUGGAGUCACAGACAGCUGCGCAACGGUGAGGUACAGCACGGCAGCACAGAGAACUGGACCGGGUGAAUGCAGUCCUUAACACAGGACACUGCUGCAGACCUUUCUUUUCCCACCUUUUUCGGAGAUAAGAGGACGCUCAAAAUAAUCUUCACCCAGACAGGGAAGAGGAAUUUGGCUCACUACAUUUCUUUUACGUAAUUCGCGUUAAGAAAACCUUAAGAGGGCAGGGGGACACGUUAAACCGCGGUUAAUAGCUAACAGCAUUCACGAGUGUGAAUGCACAGCUCUCAGUUAGCAAACUCCGUAUACAUUUGAAAGUAUUUACAGUUUUAAAUAGCCAAAAGUUACCAUACGGCAGUAUUUUUUUGUAAAGCUGUGUGGGAAGGAGCCGCCUGUCCGCCAUGGAGAACGCUCACACGAAGAGUGUGGAAGAAGUUUACAGUCAUUUCUGCGUCAAUGAAAGCACAGGACUUUCCCUGGACGAGGUGAAACGACAGAAGGAGAAAUGGGGCCUAAACGAGUUACCAGCAGAGAUAGGGAAGUCUUUGUGGGAGCUUGUCCUUGAACAAUUUGAAGAUUUACUUGUUCGAAUUCUUCUGCUGGCCGCAUGCAUAUCUUUUGUCCUGGCCUGGUUUGAGGAGGGAGAGGAAACUAUCACAGCCUUUGUGGAGCCUUUUGUCAUUUUACUCAUUCUUAUAGCCAAUGCCAUCGUCGGUGUGUGGCAGGAACGCAAUGCUGAGGAUGCCAUUGAGGCACUCAAGGAGUAUGAGCCUGAGAUGGGGAAAGUCUACCGGCAAGACAGGAAAACUGUGCAGAGGAUCAAGGCCAGAGACCUUGUGCCGGGUGACAUCGUGGAGGUUGCUGUUGGAGACAAGGUGCCUGCUGACAUCCGUAUCUGUUCAAUCAAAUCAACAACUCUGAGGGUAGACCAGUCCAUUCUGACCGGUGAAUCUAUCUCGGUCAUCAAACAUACCGACCCUGUGCCCGACCCUCGUGCUGUCAAUCAGGACAAGAAGAACAUGCUCUUCUCUGGUACUAACAUUGCAUCUGGAAAGGCUGUGGGUGUGGUCGUGGCCUCGGGUGUUAACACAGAGAUCGGUAAGAUCCGUGACGAGAUGGCGGCCACGGAGCAGGAGAAGACGCCCCUGCAGCAGAAGCUGGAUGAGUUUGGCGAGCAGCUGUCAAAGGUCAUCUCCCUAAUCUGCAUCGCCGUGUGGAUCAUCAACAUCGGCCACUUUAACGACCCCGUCCACGGAGGCUCCUGGAUCCGCGGCGCCGUCUACUACUUCAAGAUCGCCGUGGCACUGGCGGUGGCCGCCAUACCCGAGGGUCUUCCUGCCGUCAUCACCACCUGCCUGGCCCUGGGCACCCGCCGCAUGGCCAAAAAGAACGCCAUCGUCCGCAGCCUGCCAUCCGUGGAGACCUUGGGCUGCACCUCUGUCAUCUGCUCUGACAAGACGGGAACCCUGACCACCAACCAGAUGUCUGUGUGCAGAAUGUUCGUUAUCAACAAAGCUGAAGGUGACAGCUGCGCUCUGUCAGAGUUCACCAUCACAGGUUCUACCUACGCACCUGAGGGAGAAGUGUACCAGGAUGGUAAACCAGUGAAAACCUCCCAGCAUGAUGCCCUGGUUGAACUGGCUACAAUCUGUGCCCUGUGUAAUGACUCCUCUCUGGACUUCAACGAGGUGAAGGGUGUGUACGAGAAGGUGGGUGAGGCCACAGAGACCGCGCUGACCUGUUUGGUGGAGAAGAUGAACGUUUUCGACACCGAAGUCCACAACCUGUCCAAGAUUGACCGAGCUAAUGCCUGCAACUCAGUGAUCAAGCAGCUGAUGAAGAAGGAGGUCACCCUGGAGUUCUCCAGAGACAGGAAGUCCAUGUCCGUCUACUGCACCCCCAACAAGUCUCGUUCUUCCAUGGGCAAGAUGUUUGUCAAGGGGGCCCCAGAGGGAGUUAUUGAGAGGUGCACCCACGUCAGAGUUGGCAACAGCAAAGUUCCCUUAAGCAAAGGAAUCAAGGAAAAGAUCAUGUCUGUGAUCCGUGAGUACGGGACAGGUCGUGACACCCUUAGGUGCCUGGCUCUUGCCACACGAGACAGCCCGCCCAAAAUGGAGGACAUGAUUCUGUCAGACCCUCUCAAAUUCGCGGCGUACGAGUCCGACCUGACCUUCGUCGGCUGUGUCGGCAUGCUGGACCCUCCCAGACAGGAGGUGGCCGCCUCCAUCAAGCUGUGCCGCCAAGCCGGCAUCCGCGUCAUCAUGAUCACAGGGGAUAACAAGGGCACAGCUGUGGCAAUCUGCCGGCGCAUUGGCAUCCUGAGCGAGGAGGAUGAUGUCGAGCAAAUGGCCUUCACAGGGCGGGAGUUUGACGAACUGUCGCCCGCUGCUCAGCGCGAUGCUGUGACUAACGCUCGCUGUUUUGCCCGCGUCGAGCCUUCCCAUAAGUCCAAGAUUGUUGAGAUCCUGCAAGGAUUUGACGAGAUCACUGCUAUGACAGGUGAUGGAGUGAAUGAUGCCCCUGCCUUGAAGAAGGCAGAGAUUGGCAUCUCCAUGGGCUCUGGCACUGCCGUGGCCAAGUCAGCCUCUGAGAUGGUCCUCGCCGACGACAACUUUUCUUCCAUCGUGGCCGCCGUUGAAGAAGGCAGAGCCAUCUACAAUAACAUGAAGCAGUUCAUCAGAUACCUUAUCUCCUCCAACGUGGGGGAGGUCGUCUGCAUCUUCCUUACUGCGGCGCUGGGCUUCCCCGAGGCUCUGAUACCUGUUCAGCUGCUCUGGGUCAACCUGGUGACUGAUGGCCUCCCUGCCACCGCCCUGGGCUUCAACCCCCCAGACCUGGACAUAAUGGAGAAGCCUCCUCGUAAUGCUAAGGAGCCCCUCAUCUCUGGCUGGCUCUUCUUCAGAUACCUGGCCAUUGGAUGCUACGUGGGUGCAGCCACAGUGGGAGCUGCUGCCUGGUGGUUUACUGUCUCGGACGAUGGACCUCAACUCACCCUGUACCAGCUGAGCCACUUCCUCCAGUGCGCCCCUGACAACCCAGACUUUGAUGGCCUGGACUGCCACGUGUUUGAGUCGCCCUACCCAAUGACCAUGGCCCUGUCUGUGCUCGUCACCAUUGAGAUGUGCAAUGCUCUCAACAGUCUGUCGGAGAACCAGUCUCUUCUGCGGAUGCCACCCUGGGAGAACAUUUGGCUCCUGGGGGCCAUCUGCCUCUCCAUGUCCCUCCACUUCCUCAUCCUCUACGUGGAACCUCUGCCUGUCAUCUUCCAGAUCACCCCUCUGGAUACGACCCAGUGGAUGAUGGUGCUGAAGAUCUCGCUGCCCGUCAUCCUGCUGGACGAGCUGCUUAAGUUUGUGGCCAGGAACUACUUGGACUUUGGUAAACAGCUGGAGAAGCCGGCCAGCAAAGGCUGCUCUCUGUCCGCAUGUGCCGAGGGCAUCUCCUGGCCCUUCGUGGCCAUCUCCCUGCCCCUUUUGCUGUGGAUCUACAGCACCGACACUAACGUGUCUGCCAUGUUGUGGCCCUGACUGACUCCAGCACACUACCCUCCCCGUGCACCAGUGUGAAGUGGACAUUAACACACACAUCUAACACAGUUACAUUAACUCGGAGCAACUUCCAGUCAACACUUGCACCUGCUCUGACAGCCUGUCUGCUGUCAGAUCUUUUGUAUUUAGGACAUUUUCACCGAUACAUAUU